GAUAGUUGACAUUGCGGACGGUGAUAAAGCAGAGAACGUCAGAGGAUCAAAUUCAGUGAUUCUCAAAUUGAUGACCAUGGCCUCUACCUAUGCACAGCUGUGUCUGAGAUGCAGAAGUCAUAUUUGCUCUAAGACACUGACCAGUGCGGGACAGUACUACACUCAAGUUCGGCAUUGUAAUACAGUGACAAGGGUACCGACCAAAAUCAGCAAUGGAUUAUCCAUCUGGGGGAAUCGCACGACAACUCAGACAAGACUGAGGUGGAAACAGCACAUGUGCUAUUACAAUGACUUCACAGCCAAAUAUCUCACAACUGAGGCUACCAAAGGCAAGCCUGCAGAAGAUUUGGCAAGAACGGAUGGUGCUGCAUACCAAACCCCCCUGGUGCCAAACAGUGAUGCUGUGCCAGUGACUGAAAAUCAUUUGGUUUCAUUAGAUCUGGAUGCCGCUGCUGAAUUUUCAGCAUUAGAGGAAAUCACUGAUGAAGAGGCUGUCAGUAUAUCUCCUCCUUCUUUCAUGCCUCCAGCUUCCACCUCUCUUAGAGACUACGUUGACAAGUCUGAGACGCUUAGCAAGCUGGUACAACUAGGAGUGAAUCUGUGGAAGCUGGAACAGAGGCCCAACGUAGGCUCAAUGCUGCUGAGACUCGAUUUUAACAAAGAUGUGGCUCCACGACUGCUGUUUCUCAAAGAAAUUGGGGUGGAGGACUCUCACUUUGGCUAUAUGAUCACACACAAUCCCUUCUUUCUUACAGAGACUUUGGAGAACCUACAGACCAGGGUGAAGUAUCUUAAAUCAAAGAAGUUCAGCUCUGUCACUGUUGCAUCCAUGGUGUCCAAAGCUCCUUAUCUGCUCAACUUCAGUGUGAAGAGGCUGGACAACAGACUGGGUUUUUACCAGCAGCAACUCAAACUCAGUGCUUUCCAUACACGGAACAUUGUUGCUCGUCUUCCCAGAUUACUGUGUGGCAGCUUGGAGCCUGUGAAAGAAAAUUUGAAGGUAUGUGAAAUAGAGCUCGGCUUUAAGGCAAAUGAGAUCCAGCACAUAGUUAUUGUCGUCCCUAAAGUGCUGACUGCCAAUAAAAGGAAGCUAACCCAGAUAUUUGACUUCCUGCACAACACCAUGAAGGUUCCCCAUCACCUGAUCGUCAAGUUUCCACAGGUCCUCAAUACCAAAUACUUGCGACUGAGAGAGCGUCACCAGUUCCUUGACUACCUCGGAAAAGCUCAGUAUGACCCAUCCCAGCCGAACUACAUCGCCCUGGACCGCUUAGCGUCUUUACCAGAUGAGACUUUCUGCACUGAGUUGGCUUUGGCUACAUUAGAAGAUUUUUAUUUGUUCCAAAAGACACUUUAAUUCCUUAUGAGGGAAUUUGAAAAAGGACUUUAAAACACAAGUGAUCAAGGAUACCCGAUAAAUAUCAUAACAUCAGCACACGCACAUGCAUACAUGAAAGUCUAAAUAUACAAAGCUUGAAAUACAAUGUUUUGUAAAUAUGAUGUUUAAUAAAUGUACAUGAUGUAUAUCACCUGUUCUGCUUGGAUUACUGCACUUCUUUACCAGCACUGUGGAACUGAAGAGACUAUAAAUUUGAUUAAAGUUAUGUUCAUUCUAA